UUUUCUUUGUCACUCUCAUCAUCUUCUGAUCUCACACUGUCACGCACCCACCACUCUCUAUCUAUCUCUCUCUCUAGCUCCUCUUCCAAACAACCCCUUCUCUCUCCUUCCCCCUCUAGUUAUCAGCAACAUGGCAGUUUUUGCUCUUGCACUGCUUUUGUUGGCUUUCACUGGCUCUUCAAGUGGCACUUGGUGUGUUUGCAAGGAUGGAAGUGAUACAAUACUGCAGAAGACCUUAGACUAUGCUUGUGGAGCAGGGGCUGAUUGUAACCCUCUGCAUCAAAAUGGCCCUUGUUUCCAACCCAACACUGUUAGAGCUCACUGUAACUAUGCUGUUAACAGCUAUUUCCAAAGGAAGGGCCAGGCUCAAGGGUCCUGUGACUUUGCAGGAACCGCCACUGUUACUGCAUCAGAUCCCAGUACCGCAGGUUGUUCUUACCCUGCAAGUGCCAGCACUGCAGGCACUGGGACAACCACAUCUUCCACUGGCACCACUUCCUCUCCAUACAGUUCCACACCAGGAGUGUUAGGAGGGAUUGGCAGUGGCAUGGGCCCUUCUGGAGUUGGCACCAACACAGAUGAUAGCCAUGGUGGGCAUACACUUUUGGACACUUCUUUGUUGACCCUCUUUUCAGGCUUGGUGAUGGUCCUGUGGUGGGCCUGAGAAACUGGUCUCACCAUGUUAUCAUGAUGCACAAAUGUAAUGCUGUAUAAAAUGGGUAUGCAUGCAUGCAUGCAUGUGGGUCUGUUAAUUAAUUAUGUUCUAGGUGUUCAGCUAGAGACAUCAGUUUCUUGUUUCAUCUUUUGUUAACUAUUUUUGUGCUAACAUUAUCUCCUCUACUUGGGUGAAAAGAUUUCCCAAGUAGUGCUAUGGUGUUGCAUGUGGGACUCUCUCUCCUUACUCGAUGUCUAUUUCUCUAUUCUCUUUAUAUAUAUAUGUAUAUUUGGAACUA